AUUGCUCCAAACAAAAUACAUCUUCGUCUUCGCAAACUAAAAGCUUCGAGCGAAUUCUAGGAGAUGAAAAGAAGCAGAAACUUGAGCAAGGGGCAGACAAAAUAAAAGAAAAAUGAAUGUUGGACUGAAAUAUUAAUUGAGACAUACUAAAAGUGAGUUAAUAUAAGUAUAUUAGGCAAUGGAGAAAGCGUUGCCGCCGUCGCCAUCCGGCUCAAUUGACGGCGGCGGAGAACUACAAUGCGUUGGGAGGUUAGAAAUUGUUAGACCAAAGCCAGUGGGUUUCCUAUGCGGUUCAAUUCCGGUUCCUACUGAUAAGUCAUUUCACGCUUUCAAUUCCGCUCUCAUUCCUUCUCCUCACACCGUGAGUGCGCCGAGGUACCGGAUGUUACCGGCGGAGACUGAUCUUAAUACGCUUCCGGUUGUUGCUAACUUGCCGGACAAAGUUCUUCCUUUUUCUGCUGUUCAAGCUAAAGCCAGUGGAGCAGAAUUACCUUGGGAGGGAGAUGCUGUUUCAUCAAACCUUACCAGGAAAUGUGAAGCCCUUGCUGUAUCUGGUUUGGUGGAGUAUGGAGAUGAGAUAGAUGUGAUUGCUCCUACUGACAUUCUGAAGCAGAUCUUCAAAAUGCCAUAUUCUAAAGCUCGAUUAUCAAUUGCAGUUCGUCGUAUUGGACAGACUCUUAUUCUAAAUGCUGGGCCUGAUGUGGAAGAGGGAGAAAAGUUGGUCAGAAGGCACAAAACUCAAUCAAAAUGUGCGGAUCAAUCUUUAUUUUUGAAUUUUGCUAUGCAUUCAGUCAGAAUGGAGGCAUGUGAUUGUCCACCAACUCAUCAUGCUUCAUCAGAGGGGCACUCAGACUCAUCUGUGUUUCCUGGGACUGAUACGUCCCAUUUUGUGGGGCAGACUGAUGGUGCUACAUUUAAUGGUGGGUACAAAAAGUUUUCAGAGUACUCACAGGUGAAAAAAGAUGGCUUUGUUUGGGAAAGCACUAAGAAUAAGAGAAAUAAGGACCGCCAUCCUGUGAAAAAAGCUUCACAUGUUGGUGAAAAGCCCAGAUGCUCAGUGCAGGAAUCUGACAAGCAUAGAAGAGUCAGUAAUGAUGGAUUUUUAAGGGUUCUGUUUUGGCAAUUUCACAAUUUCCGAAUGCUCUUAGGUAGUGACUUGCUUCUGCUCAGUAAUGAAAAAUAUGUUGCUGUGAGUUUGCAUUUAUGGGAUGUAACACGACAGGUCACUCCAAUAACUUGGCUUGAGGCCUGGCUUGACAAUGUAAUGGCAAGUGUGCCCGAGUUGGCCAUCUGUUAUCAUCAAAAUGGUGUUGUUCAGGGUUAUGAACUUCUAAAAACAGAUGAUAUAUUUCUCUUAAAAGGAAUCUCUAAUGAUGGUACUCCAGCUUUUCAUCCUCAUGUUGUCCAGCAAAAUGGCCUCUCUGUUCUGAGGUUCCUUCAAGAAAACUGCAAGCAAGACCCUGGUGCUUAUUGGCUUUAUAAAAGCGCUGGUGAAGACAUGAUUCAGCUUUUUGAUAUUUCUGUUAUUCCCAAGAGCCAUCCUUCCAGCAAUUAUGAUGAUAGAUCAAGCUCCCUGUCUUCUUUAUUUAAUAGCGGAAGAAGUGACUCCUUGUUUUCAUUGGGAACUCUUCUUUAUCGUAUUGCUCACAGGCUUUCCCUUUCAGUGGCAACUAAUAACAGGGCCAAGUGUGCAAGGUUCUUAAGGAAAUGUUUGGAAUUCUUGGAUGAGCCCGAUCAUCUGGUGGUGCGUGCUUUUGCUCAUGAGCAAUUUGCGAGGCUUCUUUUGAAUCAUGAUGAAGGGCUGGAAUUGAAUUUGACAUCUGAAUCACUUCCAGUGGAAUGUGAAGUCAUGGUUCCAGUAGAUUCCCUCAACUCUUCUUGCAGUGCCUCUGAAUCAGUUGUCUAUGAAAAUCUAUCCUCAAAAGCUGCAGAAGACAGAUUGUGUGAAGAUGGAGAAAGCUUUGAUCAUGUAAUGUCAGAAGCUUCAAAAAAAAAGACGUUGGAGGCAAAUGUAUGUAAUCCAGGAAAGUUGAUUGAAUCAAGCAAAAUAGAUUCGCAAGAAGAACCUCUGCCUAGUUCCUCUUCCGGGGAAGACUUUGCGGUGUGUAAAAUGUCCCCAACAUCUACAUGUGUGGUCCAAACUGUUGCGGAUCCAAUCUCCUCUAAGUUAGCUGCAGUUCAUCAUGUUUCUCAAGCUAUUAAGUCUCUCAGAUGGAUGCGACAACUACAAGGUAUUGAAGCAGAGUUGCUUGACCAGGAAAGGCCACCUUCAACUGUAAAUUUUUCUGUUUGUGCAUGUGGUGAUACUGACUGUAUCGAAGUAUGUGAUAUUCGAGAGUGGCUACCAACAUCAGAAAUAGAUCACAAACUGUGGAAACUUGUUCUUCUGCUUGGAGAAUCUUAUUUGGCACUAGGACAAGCUUAUAUGGAGGAUAACCAGUUGCAUCAAACUCUGAAAGUAAUAGAGUUAGCAUGCUUGGUUUAUGGAUCAAUGCCACAACAUUUGGAGGACGUGAGGUUUAUUUCCUCAAUUAUUAACAAUUCAUCCCUAACAAAAUGCAAUGAUAAAAAUGCUAAGAAAAUAUCAUAUAUUGGUGAUGCAAAAGAAGUAAAAACCAGCUCUACUGAUGAUUCUCUUGCUUUUGAUUGCUUGUCUUCCACUUACAUUUUCUGGGCCAAGGCAUGGACACUGGUUGGAGAUGUUUAUGUUGAGUUUCGUUUUAUAAAGGGUAAAGAGCUUUCAAUACAAUCAGACAGAAAGCCUUCUGCAGGAGAGUUGAGAAUGUCAUCUGAGGUUGUGAAGGAAGUCCAAAGACUAAAGAGGAAGCUGGGUCAGUAUGUUCAGAAUUGCAGCUCAUGUUCCUUGGUGAACUGCAGCUGCCAGAGUGAUAGGGCAAGCAGUGGAAGCAGUGCUAGCAGUAGCAGCAGAGAUAAGCACUCUCUAGUCUAUAGUAGGAAGCAUGGUAAAAGAUCUUCUGCAAAGAGUUCCACUUACCAUGGAGACUCUGAUAAUGGUCGCAGUCAUCACAGAGUGGAGAAUACGAUAAGUUCUAAUAGUGUAUAUCAUCAGAUCAAUAGAAGUGGAGAUGCUCCACUAGAAGCUUCUGAAAUGGUAGAUAAUGACCUCGAAAUAAAUUCCUCGGCACCUUCUAAUUCUGACAAUGGACAGCAGGGUAGUUUUGAAAUGCAUGAAGGGUUUAUGGUGCCAUGUCGAAACCAAGCCACUUCAAAAGAGAUACCUAAAGUAAAGAGUGGUGGGAUAUUUAAGUAUCUUAGAGAUUUUGUUGUUGGAGAUGUAGAAUACAAUCUUUCUAUUGCUCUAAGUUGCUAUGAAGAAGCCAGAAAAGCAUUGGCAGGACUUCCUACAGGUUCAGCUGAAUUGCAAUCUGUGUUUAAAAAGAUAGGGUGGGUUUGCAAUGAACUGGGGCGAAAUAGGCUUGAACGAAGAGAGUUGACCAAGGCUGAACUUGCAUUUGCUGAUGCCAUAACAGCAUUCAGAAAAGUUUCUGAUUACUCCAACAUUAUUCUAAUCAAUUGUAAUUUGGGCCAUGGCAGGCGAGCAUUGGCUGAAGAAACGGUAUCAAAAUAUGCAAGUUUUAAAUCACAUGCUAUCUUUCAUAAUGCAUGCAAGCAAGUUUUGCAAACUGCAAAAUUGGAAUACUGUGAAGCAUUGAGAUAUUAUGGGGCAGCAAAAUCUGAACUCAGUGCUAUUAAAGAAGACAAAGACUUGGGGUCAAGCAGCUUGAGGAAUGAAGUAUGUACUCAAUUUGCUCAUACGUAUCUGAGGCUCGGCAUGCUUUUGGCAAGAGAGGAUACUACUGCAGAAGUUUAUGAGAAUGGAGCCUUAGAAGAUAUGAAUUUUUUGCACAUUAGUGAUAGUGAGAAAAAAGAGAGGAGAGAAUUGAGGAAGCAUGAGAUUUCAGCUAAUGAUGCCAUUAGGGAGGCAUUGGCUGUGUAUGAAUCUCUCGGUGAAUUACGCAAACAGGAAGCUGCUUUUGCUUACUUUCAGCUUGCUUGCUAUCAACGGGAUUGCUGUUUGAGAUUUUUGGAGUCAGAUCAGAAGAAAAGCAACUUGCCUAAAGGUGAAAACAGCAUUAUUCAACGAGUCAAGCAAUAUGCUUCCUUGGCCGAAAGGAACUGGCAAAAAGCAACAGACUUUUAUGGCCCAAAGACACAUCCGACAAUGUACCUGACUAUUCUUACAGAGAGAUCAGCUCUUUCAUUAAGCCUCUCUAGUGCUUUCCACUCCAAUGCAAUGCUAGAAUUAGCCCUAUCACGCAUGCUUGAAGGACGGUAUGUAUCUGAAACAGUUCCAGAUUCUUUUGAAGUUGAUAACCCUGAGGUGCAUGGCAAAUUUUGGGGUCAUUUGCAGAUGCUUUUAAAGAAAAUGUUAGCCUCGACACUUUUUGUAAAUACAAAUAGAUCUUCAACUGCUGUCCAGACUGCCUCAGCAUCCAACAGGCCUGAUGCUGGGAAACUCAGGGAGCUCUAUAAGAUGUCCUUGAAAUGUACUGAUUUCAGUCAGUUACAUGCUAUGAACACUUUGUGGACAUCCUAACUCGAAAAUUUUAUCUCUAGACGCUGUGGAUCCCAUCCUGUAAUAUUUGCAUCUCAUACAAAAAAGUAGCAUAUGAUUGCAUAUAGUUGAAGAUUGUUUGCAGCAUAUUGACGUCAGGCUUUGCUGAAGGCCCAUAGUAGCGGAGCUGACGGAAGGCAAUGAAGAUGAAAGAAUUGCGGGUAGUUUGAUGUUGAAGACAUGCAGGUUUUGACAGGGGUUAAUCAGCAGCUCUGUCUUGAUGCAGGGCCAUCAAUAGCUGAACUACUUGUGCAGACAAGCUCCUGUACAGAAGUAAUAUUUAAACUAAUUUACUUGUAAUUAUUAUUAUCAGAUACGUAUAGAGAUUUUGUUAUGCUUUAA